UUGUCAACAAACGGCCAGACACCAAGCGACAGUCAAGCGGUAAACAGGUCGAUAAUGAGUCAACUCUACGACAUCCAACUGGAGAGGCCCAGUGGGGUAUACUAUGCUGGUGAGACGGUCAAUGGCCACAUCUACUUAACACUACCGGAGCGUGCUCUAAUAAAAGCAAUUGCCCUGGAAUCAAAUGGUUUUGCAAACAGUUCUUGGCUGAAGCCGCAAAAGCAAAAAGCUUCAAAGAAACAACAAGUGGCCAAGCCGCCCUUGGCCUUUGAGAAACGUGCCGAUUACUUCGCCAAAGUCGAUUACUUUGUUGGAUCGGAGCACGCUCUUCCGCAAAUUAUCGAUGCAGGCACCUACAGAUACGACUUCAGUGUGCAGUUGCCAGUGAAUUGUCCCAGUAGCUAUGAGGGAACUCAUGGCCACAUUCGCUACACUCUGCAGCUGAUGUUGUACCGCUCAACGGAUCAGCCAGCUGAGAUGGCUGUGAUGCGCACACUGCAGGUGUUGCAACGUUGCGAUUCAUCGCCUGGCCAGCUGACCAGUCCCUGCGAGGUUCAGAGUAUGGAACAGACUUCAAAGCUCAAGUUCUGGCAGCGACCGCUGCAGCUGCAAUUGGAUAUUCCCAGAUCGGGCUAUGAGCCCGGAGCAUGCAUCUCAGUGCACGUAAAACUAGAUAAUCCACAACAGCUAAAGUUGAAAACGCUGACCUAUAAACUGAACCUGGUCAGCACCUACAUGGGUCAACACCAAAGCAGACCCAAGCGUACGGAGUUUAAAGUGGAGCGUCGCUAUUUGGUCAGCACCAGUCAUCAGUUGAACGCAGUCCCACGCCACGAGCUGCUCAGCUUUCAGCAUUUGCAGACGUUGCAAGUGCCACAGACACCUGCCACACUGAGUGCAGACGUUUGUGCUUGUCUUCAGCUUAGCUACGAAGUGGAAGUCUUAGUGCAGACCACAUCACCAGAACGUUCUAUCUUGGCCCAAAUCCCAUUAAUAGUGACGAAUCCGACACCCCUGCAGGAUUGCCAAGUGCAACAACCCAUGGCUCGCUUACCUUUCGAUCCGAUUGGCAAGGGCGCGUCCAGUUCACCUAAUCAGACACCUGAACACAACUCUAUCGCGAUGACAGCGCCGAAUCUAAGCCAGUCGAUGAUCUCAUUAACUUCCAACUUCCGUGAGGCUGAGUUCAUGGUGGCCACUAAUCUAAACAAGAAGGACAAGCACGCCAUGUCUGGGGAGAACAUAGAUUUUAGACCGCGUUAUUUAUACUAUGAAAUGGAGCAUGCCGAAACCGAAAAGGUGUUGUAAAAGAGGAAAACUGUGGAGACAGUUUUGAGAUUAUAGAUUUAGCGUAAGUAAUGUGUUUUAAGUUUGUACAUUUAAAGUAUUAUGUAGUAUAAAAAUGUUAUCUAUGCAACCUAUGACCGUUUGCAAUAAAUAGAAUGUAAAACCUAUUUUUGUAA